CGUCCGUGUUACAUGGAUGUGCAUUUCCUCGUGGUGACAUUGUUUUAAGUUUUCUGCUUCAAUAUUCUAAAAUUACGUACAUGCUGCUCAUUUUUGAAUAACUUAUGAUUUUGGUGAUACUAUGGAUUUAAACGAACACGAAAUAGCAGAGCUCGAAGAGCGACUGUAUUCUAAUAUUCAUCAUGCGAAUACUGAGCCACAAAAAACCUCAGUAAACAAUACUGAAAUACAACCGGCAAUGUUUCCGACACAAGAUGUUCCGGUUCGUGUGGUAACUGGUAAAUCUGUCGUUAAUGGCACGCGACGAACUAUGUCAAAAAUGAAAAGAUACUGGAGUUCAAUUCAACAACAGGGUGGAAGAUUGUCUUAUCCUGGGAUAAAAAGCAGUAAUAAGCGCUCGACUGAUACUAGAAUUGGUGAAAAGGAGGAUCUUAGUUUACCUGUGAAGAAAAGUAACUUUACUCCCUAUCAAUCAAUUCUGGCACCAAUGAACGAUGAGUACAUCGCUUGUGAUGAUUUGAACUCGUUUGAUGCAUUUAGUGCAGAUAAGCAAAGGAAGAAGAGAGCAAGUCACUUGAAGGAACAGUAUUCCUCUAAUCCCAGUAAUGCACGGAAUAAAAAGUUGGAACAAUUGAGGAAGAUAAGGACGAAAAAAGCUAAAGCACAAAAAAGUCACCAUAAAGUAGCAACCGGUCAACAGCGACUGGUUGCUACCAUUGAAAUCGAGUCAUCUUCGGAGGAAGAAGGGCAAAUUCAUUCCCCUAAUCCAAUCAAGCAAGAUUUGAAAAGCAACGAAAUGGCACAACAAGAUCUAGAGGACUCUGACCCCGAUGAAGUAGUACUAAUCCCUACGGCACCACCACCAUUAGUAUGUAUUGAAAGUAGUGACGAAGGAACGCUCAAAGAUGAAUUUACCCAUCCCAAGUCCAAGAAGAAAAAGUAUUCCAAGAAAAUCGUCACUCCUCGCUGUCCGAGUCCGUCCAACAGUUCUAUUAUGUCGGAUGACUUCAUUGGACAAAGUGACCGAACGCGUCUAAACGAUAAUUACAUUGAAACAAUAGCGAACGACGAUGAACUUGAUUGUUCGGUCAAUCGGACAGUCGCUGGUGAUCGCAGAGCUUUUUCUCGCAGUGAUAGAGCGCCUUCUAUUUCAUCGGAUGGUACUGUUGCCACUAGUAGUGACACUACUGAUCAGGAAAAACGCAAUAGUCUUAAUAAAGUUCUAUCAAAUUUGUCCGUCAGUGAAUCAAUUGAAAAGCCUCAGUCUUGUUCAACGCCAAAACAAUCAGUACUAUCUAAAAAAUCUGCCGUAACUCCCAAGCCACAGUGUUCCGCAACGGAGGAGGAUAGUAUCUACACAGCAACUAAGCCUAAAACAAGUAAGUCUGUGAGUAAUGUUCUCCCCAUCAACGAUACCUCCGAUUGCAGUGACCGAGAAAAUGUCACUUUGCGCUCAAAACGGUCUAAAUCCUAUCAUUCGGAUGCGAGCAGUACAAAAAGUGCCAAUAAAAAACGCAGAAAGCACCGUAAGCGUGAAUCUGAACAUUAUUCGGACGAGGAUUUCGCUGAUAUGCUCACCGACAUCGUUCAAGCCAUUUCUGAAAAUGAAGAUGAUAGCUCAGUCGAAGAACAGCCAAACGAAUCAGCAAAUUCUGCAUUUGCUGUCAUUCUCGACAAGCCACAGCAACCGGCAGGAUGUAGUGUCGAACUACACUGCGACAGUUCGAAUGAUAUUCUAGAUAUCAGAGAUCAGGAACCAAACACCAUCAGCCUGCCCCAAAUUGAAUUGCAAGAAAAGGUACCGAUCAAGGCAGUUGCAGAAGAAAGCAACGAUUCCGAAGUUGUGCAAGUAGAGUGUCCACCCCCACCACCAAUAAUCGAUCUUGCUGAUGACGAUAUUAGUGAUCGUCAGGAAAGGAAUCCGGAACGCAUCCUCGAAAGUUCACAUCAGAUAAACGCUGACCCGGAAGGCUGUUGGAAUGAUGAAAUCAGAAAAUUCUACAAUAGCUCGUGGAACUGUGAAGAAUUCAAUAUUUCAACGGUGAUGUUCAAUAUGCCAAGAUCCAGCAAGUAUUGGCCAAUCAUACAUAAGGAUAAAUAUCCUGAUCCGCCUAGGAAGGAAAUUAUUUGCAACAAUUGCGGUGAACGUGGUCAUAUGCGUUACAAGUGUCGGAACGCCCCGAAGCCAAGAACGUGCUAUAUGUGUGGACAAACCGGCCAUCAGGAGCCGCGUUGCCCAAACACGUUGUGCCUUAAGUGUGGAGAGAAAACGAAGAAUUUUCUGCGAGGUUGUCAGAUGUGUGCGCGCGAGCAACAUAUGACGUGUCAUCUGUGUGGAGUUCGGGGCCACGGUCAGCGAAGUUGCCCCGACAAAUGGCGCCGUUACCAUUCAACGACCGAGGACAACAAACCACUAACACAAACCUUCGUGCGCAAUCCAAACGCGAAGUAUUGCUGCAUCUGCUCACGGGCGGGCCACCAGGCACACAUGUGCAACGCGGCGAUAAAGAUCUUCGGCCAGCUGGUCCCGACCACGGAGGUGAAAAGUUACCAGCCGGUGUAUUACCAAAAUGAGCGCUAUCGUCAGCAGAAUGUGAACGACGGCGCGAAAUAUAAUCUCUUCAGUUACAUGACCGAUUAUCAGUUGAAUUUUGAUGAAAAAUUUACAAUGAAUGAAAACAGUUUCUAUCACCGGUUUGCUAAAUCGGUCGGAUUGCUCGAGAAGAAGAAACGAAUAGAGCAAAAACUGGCGCAAAAAAAGAAACGCGAAUCAAAGAAACGGAAACAGGUUGAUCGGGCGACGGAAUUAGAAUCAUCAACGCAAAUAGUACACGAUGCUACUGUCCUGGGAAACGAAUUGGAUACGAGCGCAAUCAAUACUACCCAAGGAAAUGAAGGCGAUGCAGUGAAAGCUACUAAUCAGGAAGACUCGAAUUACAGUUUCUCAGAGUUCUAUGAAAAAUGUCCAACAGGUGAAUCAACCUUAAUUGCGGAGCCUCUGCCGGAUUUCAUUCCACUGGUAUCCAACGACACUGCAAACGAUUCUUUUGCGCCUCCAGCAAAUGUAAGAGAACAAAUAACACACGCGAAAAUUUAUCUAACAAAGGCCCAUGCAAAGAUUCUGCUUGGUCCCACCGGAAGCACCUUUCUGAAGGAAGCUUCCACCAAUUAUGACCUGAAACUUAGAAUAAGCUUCCAGUCGGUUGGGAACGUGCUGUCGGCCAAUGGCUCACCAAAAAAUCAGGACAGCUUCCACAACGAGUUAGUUAGGUUUUUGAACGACGCAUCUCACUCGAAUGAACAAUUGAAGCAAAUCAACAACGUUCCCAAGUCCACCGAGAAGACGAUUCGUUAUAUUGUAGAGCAUCUGCAACUGCUCACAAGAUCAUACGGUAAUGUGAAUGUAAUGUUCAAACGAUAUCAGCAUUUUGAACAGCAAGGCGCUAAUGUUAAAACUUGUGACAAAAUUCGGCGCACAUUGAACAUUAUUCUGUUUGGUCAAUUCGGUAUGAGAGAAGGCCGUGAUCAUUUGGACAGAUUGCAAGAUAAUCUGAGGGCACUUAGAAACAAUCAAAACGUCAACGUGUCGUUAGCCGAUCGGGACGAAAUCAAUGAACAUAUUCGCUACAUUUUUACUUCCUAUGAUCAUGCCAAUUACACUGAUAUCAUAAAUGAGUACGCUGAGCUGCGAAAAAGUAAGAAAUUGAUCAAAAUCGACCCUGAAAAUCUGGAAUUGCCACCAGAUUCUCCUUCCAAAAAUAUUGAAACGCAAGACAAAGACAGAAGUUAUGCUAGCGAUGUUUCGUUCAGUGUAUCUAAGGAUUUGAGCUUUUGUAGUGACCCCAACAGUACUUUGGAUGGUACCGACACUCUCGAUGAUCUCAUUUUGAACGUCUCCGAACAACUAAUUGAUUCUGAUAAAAGUUUCGCAGAAUAUGCAGAAAAAUCAGAAUUCAACAGGAAGGAUAUGGAUAAUUGUCGUCCGAAGGAAGCUUAUCCAAACCAUCAAUCAACACCUAAGUCCAAAGAGCACACUCCCAAACAAGGCAAAGUGCUCCAUCUGCUGAAGGAAUGCCGUCGAAUGUUGGAUGUGCUCAACAUCACAUCGAUAACGGAAAAAUUCGAACGAAUCUGCGAUCAAUCAUGCGACGGUAGCAUCUCUAAAGCAAACUUCCGUACAUUGCAGGGGAUUCAUUUAAUCCUCAAAGGUAAGUUACAGCGAAAAAUGCAACACAAGAAGAAACAAGCGACUAAUUCGUAAUGCCGAGGUCAGAUGCAUCAACGGAAAUUAACUCACGCAUCGGAAGUUUGUCGUAUCUUCAAUGUUUUCGCUGACAUGUAUAUAGAUAGUAAAUAAUAAAAGGUGUACUUUCGUA